UGUGGCGCAUUUACUCAAGUUUCACUUCCUGUGUUUUCCCUGACUGAGCUGCAGCCGUGCACCGUGAGCACGACAGCUCUUCAGCUUCGCUCUCCGUCAACUUAUCGCUGCACCACAGGACAAGAGACUUACUCAGCGGCAAAUGGCCCCCUACUGGCUGAGCUGCAGUACUGCAGUUCUGCUGCUUGUGGUUCACAUCUCCCCAGUCACCACGCAGUGUGGCGGGGGACAUCCUGGGAUUCCUGGGAUACCUGGCACACACGGGCCAAAUGGCAGGGACGGUCCUAAAGGAGAUAAGGGGGACACAGGUGAUGCAGGUCAGCCCAUCACGGGCCAAAAGGGAGCGCCAGGCCCACGGGGCCCUCCGGGACGGCCCGGGCUGAAGGGGGAUGUGGGCACGCUGGGUCCUACAGGACCUACAGGACGACCAGGGCCGAAAGGAAGAUCCUUUAAUCCUUCCAACCAGCAGAAAUCUUUCUUCUCCUACAAACAAAUCUCACAAACACCAGAGUUGGACACGCCUAUCCAUUUCGUAAGUCAGAUUUUGCCCAACCUUGACCCACAGUUCCAAGGAGACCAUCUGACGAACGGGACGUUCACAUGCGCCAUCAAAGGCGUCUACUUCUUCAGCUACCAUAUCUCAGCAAGGAGAGCGGUGUGUCUGAAGCUGGUGAAGGGAGAUGAGAGUCAGGUGAUGCUGUGCGACACAGCUGAAGGUUUCCUGAUCACAUCUUGGUCGGCCAUGCUUGAGCUGGAGCCCGGAGACACCAUCUCGCUGCAAACAACCAAGUACAACAACGUGGUGACGACCCAGAGCAGCACCAGCCACACAUUCACCGGCUUCCUUAUCUUCCCUACCUCCUAAAGCCUCAGCUGAUCAUCACAUCAUAGUUAAUGAAAACACAAAUGGUUUGGGACAUUUACAGAAAUUUCACAGAAUAAGUGUCUUGUAUAAGAAAAAAAAAAGAUUUGCUUAGUAUUGCAUUUUUUUGUCCAGUUACACUAGCUACAUAUCCUGUGUCUCCAAACUGUUUUGGUAUUUGGGCCAUCAAAUUGAUCAGCGAAUGAUUUUUGGCUUUGUUUUCAUAUUUUGUAGUACAUUUUAAAGACACAGAAUAUGUAAUCCAUGUUUUUGACCAGAGAUACAGUACAUAGCCUACUUGUAUUUUCAUAACCUGCUUCCAUUUGGAGCCUCGAUUCUGCAUGGAAAAAAUAAACUUGGACACAAGUCAUGAACACUUGCUUAUUAAUCCUGCAGAUAUGAAACAAAAUCAACAUUAAAUCUUAGUCGUUUUAGGUCUGUCAUAUGUCUGUCCCUCAUUUACUGGUGACAGACCGUCCCCAUUCCCAAUUCUGCUGCUUAAUUUGCAUAUUUUAAUAAAUUCUAAAGGGACCAUGAUCUGCCAGUGAUAUACACGUGUGUUUAGCUAUACAUUUGCAUAUCGUGCCUCUAUUAUUUUCAGUUCUGCACAGAAAAUAAAAUAAGAUACAAAACGCACAA